AUGCGAUUCAGUAUCGUCACCUUGCUCAUCACUGGUCUGGCUACCGUACAGGCUGUAAUCUUCGGCCGCAGGAUCACUGAUGAAUAUGACGACCUCGGGACUACGCUUGGAGUAGCCGUGACUCCCACACUUGUUAGUGAUGGCGGAAUCGCCUACAACAACUUCGGAUAUGUCACAGUCGGUGCUGUGAACAGCAAAAUCCCUCAGUUAACUGGUAUUGAUCCGCAAUCUGGAAAGAACGUUGCCCUUCUUCAGAUGCCUGCUUCAGGGUCCUUCUCAACCACUGCAAGGUGCUUUGAGCUUUCAGAUUUCUACGUUGGCUGCACAACGGCCAACCUGGAAGGAGCUGUAAACAUACCUCUUCCCUGUACAGUGACCCUCAAGGCGUACAACGCGGAAAACAAACUUGUGGACACUAAAAAGGUCGAAUUUACCCCCAAUGGCCAGCCGAAGAGCACGAUGGAUCGGUUCGUUGUGGAAUUGAAACCUGCCAAGACGGUAACAGUGGAUGUUGCGAUUCUGAAUCUGGGAAGCAUCGGGUCGGCAGCGACGGCGGCUUUGUUUGAUAAUGACCACCGCAACCGCGCGCGCAUCACCCGCAAAGCUAAGAGUAGCAACAAGAACGACCGCAAAUACUACUUCUGGCGUCUGGCGCUCAACCACCGCAUUUACAUGCAAACGCAGACGCCUUGGAUCAGAUGGAGGUCACAGAGCAAGUCGACAAGCUGGAAGCUGCUGUCGACAAUCAGUCAGGAGGAGUUUGAGAAGAGCCUUGAGGGCAUCGAGAAGAGGAGUGGCUGGAACAGGGCCAAGGCACGACCUAAUGGCGCAAAGAGUAAGCGCAAGAGGGUCGUUGUGGAGGAUGGGAAUGAUGACUGGGAGGAUAUGGAUAACGAGUCUCUGGCAAGCAAGAAGCCGAAAUUGUGA